AUGUCAACAACAACAACAGCAACAAUCACAAACGUGGAGACAAGGGCAAGAAACGCGAAAAUAAAACCGGACAUACACAAAAAUGGCCCAGGCUGUGGCGGCGGCGUUUCUUUGAUUAGCGGUGGUGGUGGUGGCGGAGGAGGCAGUAGUGGCGCUGGUGGUGGAAACGCUAUCUCGCUAGCUCACGUUGGCAUCCAGUCGCUUGUGCACCACCUCGACCAGGAGGACAUGAGCAGCAGUAGCUUCAGCUCGGCCAGUCGGGCCUCACUGGAUUUGCAGCAAUCCUCGUCCGCCAGCGGCGGGAGUGCCGCCGGUGGUGGUGGGGGUGGUUCUGGAGGCGGGGCCGGAUGGCGAAUCACAGCCGCCGCAUUCCGACCCUGCUCGUCGCCAUCGCGGUGCUCAUCGUCGUCAUCGUCGUCCACGAAGCGACGGACGGGCAGUGGAAAGCGUAGUAGAAAACCAGCGGAAAAAAUCGAUAGUGGUAUUAGCAGAGAGGGGGAGCCAAAAAGUGGGGGAACCGGAGUGGAGCAGCCUGGGAGGCACCGAGAAUGUGAAACGAUUAGCGAGAAGGAGUCCCUGGUUGGGGCGAAAGAUGGCAACGGGAACGAUCACGAUCUGGUGGCUAUUGGGGUUUCUCAUGUUGAUGAUAGUGACGAUCAUGGUGGUAAUGCUGCUGAUGAUGAUGUCAACGCUGCUGGCCAUACGGGGCGCCACGGGGGAGAUUUGGUGGCCGGGGUAAGCGUGCGGGUGUUCCAGUGGGUUCGGGGAAUGAAUUUCGGAUGUCGCAGGAGGGAUGGCAUCGUGGAGAAACGAUGA